GGCAGCUGCUCCCUCCCCUCCUUAUGAGUUGAAGCUAAAAAGCCAUCAAGCCAUCGUUGAUUCCCACGGAUGGAGACUAGACACUUCUAACCAAUAUAAAACAUAAUUCGAUGCGGCAAACUCUGCAGCAUUUGUGUUUGCGACUCAGAGAAGAAAAAACCAGCGGUGGCCGUUUAUUAUGGACGGAAAAAGCUCCAGCAAUACCGCCGGCAAGCCUCUCCGAUGCAGAGCUGCUAUUGCUAGGAAAGCCGGGGAACCGCUGGUGAUAGAGGAGGUGAUAGUGGCCCCACCAAAUCCACGCGAAGUUCGAAUCAAAAUCAUAUGCACUUCUCUUUGUCAUAGUGAUAUUACCCUGUGGAAACUCAAGGAUCCUCCUGCUAUUUUCCCCAGAAUACUUGGUCAUGAAGCAGUGGGGGUGGUAGAGAGUGUUGGAGAAGGUGUACAUGAAGUUGCUGAAGGAGACACUGUGAUCCCAACUUUUGUAUCCGAUUGUGGUGAAUGUAGGGAUUGUUUGUCGGAGAAAAGCAACCUGUGUACGAAAUUUCCUUUCAGUAUUUCUCCUUGGAUGAGAGAUGAGACAAGUAGAUUCACAGACAUCAAUGGAGAAACCUUAUACCAUUUUGUGUAUGUUUCAAGUUUUAGUGAGUACACAGUCGUUGACAUUGCUCAUGUAACUAAAAUUGAUCCAGCAAUCCCAGCAAAUCGAGCUUGCCUCUUAAGUUGUGGAGUUUCGACUGGGGUUGGGGCUGCAUGGAGAACAGCGAAAGUGGAAGCUGGAACAACAGUUGCUAUAUUUGGACUGGGUGCAAUUGGGCUAGCCGUCGCUGAAGGAGCGAGGCUAUGUGGAGCUAAAAGAAUCAUAGGUAUUGAUGUGAACCAGGACAAAUGUGAAAUAGGAAAGAAAUUUGGAGUAACUGAUUUUGUGAACUCGCGUAACAUUGGGGACAAAACUGUGAGCCAGAUAAUAACUGAAAUGACUGAUGGGGGUGCGGAUUAUUGUUUUGAGUGUGUUGGUUUAACGUCUCUGGUGCAUGAAGCUUAUGCUUCUACUAGAAAGGGAUGGGGAAAAACAGUUGUGGUGGGGCUUGAUGACCCAAGUUCAAUGUUGACAUUAAGUACUUUCGAGUUACUUUAUAGUGGGAAAUCUCUAAUGGGAUCGUUUUUUGGAGGUCUUAAACCAAAAACGGAUAUAAAUAUCCUUGGAAAACGCUAUAUGGACAAGGAAUUACAACUUGAUGAAUUUGUAACACAUGAGGUGGAGUUUGAGGAGAUAAACAAGGCUUUUGACUUGCUACUCGAAGGGAAGAGCUUACGGUGUGUAAUUUGGAUGAACAAGUGAUCAAAAUUCAUUUCAAUAAUGCAUUGUUUUCUUUCUCUAGUUAUAAAAAUGGCACUGAAUGUGUUAUUUAGUGUUAAUGAUGACAAUGGUGCCAGAUUCCUGAGUAAAUUUGAAAUAAAGUGUGUAAUGUGUGCUACUAUUGGAUGAUCUUUCCUAGGGACCCAUAAGGUUUGGCCUUUGGGACAUGAGAUGAAAUUGAUUAUAGUGUUAAAAAAAUAAAAAUAAAACAUUAUGGGUAAAUUUUAAAUAAAAUGUGUACUGUGGGCUACUAUUGGCUAAUCUUUCCUAGUGAACCAUAAGAUAUGCCCUUUGGGAAUUAAGACAAAGCAAAUCGAU